AGUGCAUGUGAACCAUAACAAAAGAGGGUUAAAAGAAAAUCCACCGGUAUAUGCAAUACUAUUUAACGUUAUAGUUAAAAUCCCUCUGCCCAGGUUCUUGCAAUAUGGGCUCUGGGUUUCUGGUCAUCAAAUAUGUAUUUUAUGGAUUUAAUUGCCUCUUUUGGCUUUUAGGCUGUGCUAGUCUUGGAGUGGGUGUAUGGCUUCAUCAGAACAAGGGUGAAUAUGGGGCAAUAGCCCAGAGUUACAGCUUCCUCAGUGCCCCGGCCUUACUCAUAGCUGCUGGGGUGGUCAUCCUGGUGGUGGGGUUCUUUGGCUGUUGUGGAGCCCUGGCAGAGAACCAGUGCAUGCUACUCACUUAUUUUGUACUGGUUGUCCUAAUAUUUGUCCUACAGAUUGUAGCAGCUAUUCUUGCCUUUGUACACCAAGAUGAGAUCAAUCAUGUAUUAGAAAAUGAACUCCUUGUGGGUAUAAAAGACAAGUAUCCUGGUGAUCCAAGGAGACUAGAAAUGAAAGAUGCCUGGGAUUUAGUUCAGAUUGAACUGGGUUGUUGUGGGGUGUAUAACUACUCAGACUGGUUUAAGUCCCAUGCCUGGCCAGACAAGGACUGGGUGCCAGACUCCUGUUGUAGAGCCUCACAGCAUUCAACCCUCUGUGGGAGAACUGGAAACCCUGCCAUGUGGCAGAGCCAUGGGUGUUUUAAUGAGCUGAAGUAUUGGUUGACCCAGCAUUUAUACAUACUAGGUGUAGUGGCAAUUACCGUAGGAGUGAUACAGAUUUUGGGAAUGGUUGCAGCCAUGGUGCUUUACUGCUGCUUGAGAAACAACAAAUACUACAGAUAACCCUUGGCAAACCCUGAUCAGACCACGCCCUUGCUUAUCUGGAAGAAUCUGAGGUGUUUCAGGUUGGAAUCCAGUCUGGUUACCCUGAAGUCAGUUGCUGUCUUGUUACCUAUAAACCAAGCAGUGGCAUUUUAUAGGGUUCAUGUUAGUGAAAAGAUUUGAGGGGGAUUUACUUAGGUCAGAAACUAAAUUACUGUUUCUGUACCUUCCAAACAAGCAGUGGGAUGAAAUGUAGAUUAAUCCAAUAGUAGUAUAUUGAGACUACUGCUUUGUUUUACAAGAACAUUCCCACAUGAACAAAAAGUUAUGAAAAGAGGAUCAAACAGUGUAUUGCAUUUAUCUUUGAAGCAUAAGCAUUUGCCUUCUAGUCGAAGAUUUAUGAUUAUAAUAAUAUGCAGCAAGUGGUGGAACCAGAGUUGCCCUUUCUGAUAUGAUGUCAAAACCAUAGUGAGAAAGAAAAACUGGAUGUAUUAGGACAUUUUGAAGAUUUCAUUUAUUUGCUGUACAGUAGUUGGAAUCACAAUAGCUGGCACAUUGUAUAACAAAUAUUAAGUAUAAUACUAUAAAUAAUACUCAUGUAAAUAACUUUUAUAGUUUAAUAUUUAGCAUAUAUAUUUUUAAAAACUGAGCAUUUAAGCUGUCAUAUCCAUUAAUGAAACACUCCUCUUAAAAUGUUCAUAUCAGUAUAUUUCAUUUUAAAAGGCACUGGUUUUGAGCUGACUGAUAGCUAUUUAUUUUAAUUGAAAUUUGUGUUUUACCUCGUAACUGAAGGAAAUUAGGACUGAAUUAUGUGUAAAAGAUCUGACUGCUGGAGAGUGAUAGGACAGCUACUUGUUUGAGAUGAAGUGCGCUUUAGGUUCAUUUUAGAUAUUUGUUUGGCGUUGUCUUUGCUGUUAGUUUUUAUUUGGGUAUUCAUUUCCUUUCAUAUGUAAAAUUUAGAACCAACUCUGUUCCUAAGACUCUUGUCAAUGUGCCAUUUUUGCAUUGUAUGAUUUGAAUUAACUUGUAUACAAAUGUAGAACAUACCAUUUUGUUCAAUGAAAUGGUAUCCUUAUCAUUUCAUUUGAAACACAUGCUGAUAGGCCUAUGUGUAAAACUACUUAUUAAUAAUAAAUUUAUAAUGUAUUUUUAUGAUUUGUAAUAUUUUACAAUAUUAUCAAAGUAAAUACCUUGAAAGAAGUUUUUCUUCUUAAUUGAUGACAAUCCUGAAAUUUUGUCACACAAUCUAAUUUAGUAGAUUGGAAAGAUAGUGUUACUGUAACUUCCCACACUUAGUUUAUUCAUCCCUUUUUGACUCAAUUGAAAUUUAUAUUCUCUCAUUAUAUAGCUUUAGAAGUAAUUAGUACCAGAAAUUAAUCAUCAAAUUAGUUUUUUAUUAACGUGCAAGUGGAAGCUAGAUACACCCUGUGUUAUUCAUUUAUAGAAGUAUAGAACAUGAAGCACUUAUAACAUAAAGCACACUCACUCAUCCAUGAUGUCAUGUUGUCACUUUUGUUAUGGAAUCAAUACAUGGUACACUGGCAGAUGGAGAGUUAAAAACCUAUUUGUAAACAAGUGUUAGACAGUCAUGCCCCCCCCCUCCCCUUUCUGUUUUAAUUUGGAGCAUGGCACUCGGGUGCUAAAAUGAAUCAUUAAGAAAAAAAUAAAACAAUUUCAGGGUUUGUCAGGGUGUCUGAUAAACCUAAGAGACAGUUAAAUGUUAUUUACCAGUCAUGACUGUAUACCCUAUAUACCAUUUCCUUCAUAAGGCGUACUUAUGUUAAUAUAAUU